UGAAAAACCAAAACAAAACACAAAAAACUUUUCACACAUUUGUCUCAAGACAUAGACAUCACCGCCGAAGACCCGCACCGCCGAUGACUGGCAAACACCGGAGCGACGUCUGGAAGCACUUCCAUCGGCCACCGGUGGACACCACCUCUUCAGACACUGCGCUCACGUGCCGCCACUGCCAGCAACGGAUCCCUUCCUCCACAGCGAAAAACGCCACGAAAUUACGCCACCAUUUGAUCGCACGAUGUCUUCGCAUACCUCCCGAUGAGCGCCAAUCGCUUAUCACUGACACCACUGACGAUAUCGUCGACAGUCACGUGACUACCGCCGAAGACAUGUCAGACAACAGCUCUAAGACACGACCCAAACGUAAGGCCGCCGUCAAAGCGGAGGUAAUCGUCAGCACCGCUGAUGUCGACUACGAGGACAUCGUUGGCGGCGAUGGUAACCAAGACGUGGACUCGACGUCAGCUGCGGUUAAGUGCAGACAAUUGGAGUCGCGGCUGAAGUCCAUGACAGCAGUGAACCGGAGGUUAGCGUCGCGUCUCAGCGCUUGUCUCAAGCAGUACGAGGCGGUCGUCGGCCUCAACCGGCACCUGGAGGUCAGUGUCGGGCUUAUGGAGCGUCUGGAGGCCGUCAACCGGAGCCGAUCCAUACGCUUCGACGACGGCCAGGAUGUGGUGAAUGAGUUGACGGAUCAGUUGACGGCCAGCAAUGGGGCGGCCGAUGAGUGGCGCCGGAAGUGGCGGUCGAUCGCCGCUCAAGACGUCAAGAGGUCCGCCGCGUCGUCGUCGACAUCGAAGUCCACGCAAAGAACGGUAGCCGUAGCGCGUCAGUCGACAACACCCGCCUCCCGCCCGGAGUCGACAAUCUGGCAGUACUUCCAACGGGACGACAGCAGCGGUUAUAAAGUAAUUAAAUGUAUUUUCUGUGACAAAGUGUUUAAGAAGAAGACACUGAAUGCCUUCCAAUCGCGCCUACAUAUCGUCGAGUCGUGCGAUAAGUGUCCCAAACAUGUCAGGGAUAAGGAGAAUAUGUGGCGCCAGAAGUCCAAAGUCGACAUUUGGCGGCACUUCGUGGUGACGGGCGGGGGCGAGGAGUUCAGGGCUCAGUGUCGGUACUGCGGGCACCGGUACCUGCACAGGAACGCCACGAAAUGUCGCCGUCACCUCGUUUUUCAGUGCAAAACCGUGCCGGCGCUCACGAGAGAUGAGAUUAGCGGUCAGUGCGAUUCGCACUUUUUGGCCAAUUACUCGAAAACCGAGGCCCAGGCGCUCGAGGACAAGCUACAGGCGCUGUACCCGGUGAGCGCCGGUGGUGUGGAGGGCGGCGGCGAUGGGGGAUCGCCAGCCAAACGCAAAGUAGACAUUUGGUGUCACUUCGACGUGACGGACGGUAAGCGCCCGGUGUGUCGCUACUGUGGCCACCAAUAUAUGGCCAAAAACGCCACCAAAUGUCGCCAUCACUUGAUAGCGCUGUGCAAACAGAUCCCGGAGCCCACGAAAGAGGCGAUUGUGCGCCAGUUAUACGGAAUCGGAUCCGCGGCUCAGCCAAAGUCCGACUCAGAGGACACCACCACUCAAGAGAUGCGAGAUAUGGGCGCCGAUGAUGACGACGACACUACCGGCGCUCUCGCCGAUGACUCAAUUGACCAGACGAUGACGUUAGCGCCGACACUCGCGUACGACAUUUGGCAGCAUUUUUCGGUGUCGACCGGCGCUCAGGUGUGUCUGUACUGCGGCCACACAUACGCGGACCGCAAGGGGAACGCCUCGAAAUGCCGGCGCCAUCUGCUCGUCCACUGCCAACAGAUACCCAUUGAGGUCAGGGAUGAGAUCCAUAGCCAUAGUAACGACAACUUCCUGAUCGCCGGCGAUAUCAUCGGCGACUCGACCCGCGCCUCAGCCCUACGCUCGAGUCGACCCAAAUCGCGUGUUUGGCAGCACUUCGCGGAGGAAAUGGAUGAGACGACUGGCCAGAUAUGCCGGCGCUGCGUGUAUUGCGAUAAGCGGUUCGUCGCCGGCACCGCCCGUCACGCGACGAAAAUGCGAUACCAUUUGGCGCUUCAAUGCCAACGCAUACCGGACGCCGUGCGCCAGUCCCUCAUCGGCGACAACCAGGUGUUCGCCCGGCGGGCCAACACACUCCAGGCCCGCCCCAAAGGGUGCAAGUCGUGGGAGUGCUCGUGGCCGGGCUGUGAUAAGGCGUUCCCCAAACAGUGCCAACUGUUAGGCCACCAGAAGUACCACACCGGCGAACGCAUACACUGCGAGUGGCCGGGCUGUGAGUGGACGGGUAGGACGCGGCACAACCUCACGCUUCACAAGUACUCGCACUCCGGUGAAAAGCCGUUCGCGUGCGACUGGCCUGGCUGUGAGUUCAAGAGCGCCCGACCCUCCAGUCUUAAGAUUCAUAAGAUGCGCCACAAGAACCUGUUGAGGUACCGGUGCGACUGGAAGGACUGCGAGCGGGUAUUCCUAACCGGUUCCCAACUCAAGGUCCAUAAGCUGGCCCACAGUGGCGACAAACCGCACGCGUGCCAGUUGUGUGACAAACGCUACCCGACCCUCAAUAAGCUGAAAGUGCACCAAAACAAACAGCACCCCAACCCCACGCCCAGUGCCUAAUACGUGUGCUGACCAGUGGUGGUGGUUUGUGAAUGGCUUCUCAUUAUUAACUUAUUAUAGCAUUUAUACGUAAAUACUAAUUGUAUUAUAGUUUUUAAAAUAAUUAUCUUUAUAUAUAUAUAAAUACAACGAAUAAUAAUAAUUAUAUAAAUACUAUAAAUGAA